AGCAGUCCCGUCGGAGGCUCAGCCCGAACCCCAGGCCCAGCCGGUGAGAGGCAGCACCGCGGCCACGGCUGCAGACCUGAUGAUGCAGAAUUCAGAGGAUGGUACAGAUUCGAUGACCUCUGUGGCACUCCGUUCAGCUGCUUCAGUACAGGCUCCAGUAGUACAGCCCGUGCCAGCCUCUCAGCAGAGGGUUUUGAUCCAGUCUUCUGAGUCUGCUCCUAAAAUUGCACAUAUGCAGCAAAUCCCUGUACCCCGAGUUCAGCAGGUGCCGCAGCAGGUCCAACCUGUACAACAUAUAUAUCCGACCCAGGUCCAGUAUGUGGAAGGAGACGCUGUCUACACUAAUGGAACCAUACGAGCAGCCUAUACGUACAAUCCUGAAGCUCAGAUUUAUGCACCGAGCAGUGCCGCAUCCUACUUUGAGGCCCAAGGAGGUGGAGCCCAAGUGACUGCCGUGGCAGCCUCUCCUUCAGCAAUCCCCUCGCACAGUAUGGUGGGCAUCACCAUGGAUGUUGGAGGAAGUCAGAUCAUCUCCAGCUCCGGAGCCUAUGUCAUUCACGGAGGAAUGGAUAACACUAGACAUUCUCUGUCACAGACGUCACGCUCAUCCCCAGCAACGCUUGAAAUGGCGAUUGAAAACCUCCAAAAAAAUGAAGGGAUUACAUCACACAAAAGCAGUUUACUCAACAGCCAUCUCCAGUGGCUGUUAGACAAUUAUGAGACAGCCGAAGGUGUGAGCCUCCCCCGAAGUUCCCUGUACAAUCAUUACCUUCGACACUGCCAGGAGCAUAAACUGGAUCCUGUGAAUGCUGCUUCCUUUGGAAAAUUAAUUCGUUCUGUGUUUAUGGGACUGAGAACUCGAAGAUUGGGAACAAGAGGAAACUCCAAGUAUCAUUAUUAUGGGAUUCGUCUGAAGCCAGAUUCUCCACUAAAUCGACUUCAGGAAGACACCCAAUACAUGGCAAUGAGGCAGCAGCCUGCACACCAGAAGCAAAGAUUUAGACCUGCUCAGAAGACAGAUGGACUUGGGGACAGUGGAUCCAGUAGCAGUAUUCAAACUACUCCGGAGCAAUCUGUAGCUGCUCAGAGUCAGCACCAUCAGCAAUUCAUAGAUGUAGCCCAUGUCUUUCCAGAGUUUCCAACUCUUGAUUUGAGCAGUAUAUUAUUACAAGAGGAAAUCACUCUGAAUGACAUAAAGACUUUACAACUUCUUUAUAGGAGACACUGUGAGGCCACCUUGGAUGUAGUGAUGAAUCUUCAGUUUCAUUAUAUUGAGAAGCUGUGGCUGGCAUUCUGGAGUUCUAAACCACCAUCUGAGGAUGGCUCCAUCCCCAUGCCUUCCAGUGAAGAGCAUGAAGUUGUUAUCAUCCCAAAGGACAAACUUAUCGCAGUGUGUAAGUGUGACUCUGUUCUGAAAUGGAUGAGAAGCUGUGAUCACAUCCUCUACCAGGCUCUGGUGGAGAUUCUCAUCCCGGAUGUGCUGAGACCUGUGCCCAGUACUUUGACACAGGCAAUCCGUAAUUUUGCAAAGAGUUUGGAAGGCUGGCUGACAAAUGCUAUGAGUGACUUUCCUCAACAGAUCAUCCAUACAAAGGUGAGUGUAGUAAGUGCCUUUGCCCAGACCCUGAGGAGAUACACUUCCCUGAACCAUCUGGCUCAAGCCGCCCGUGCAGUGCUACAGAACACUUCUCAGAUAAACCAGAUGCUCACCGAUCUCAACCGAGUGGACUUUGCCAAUGUGCAGGAACAAGCCUCGUGGGUGUGCCAGUGCGAGGAGGGCCUGGUGCAGAAACUGGAGCAGGAUUUCAAGCUGACCCUGCAGCAGCAGAGCUCUCUGGAUCAGUGGGCCAAUUGGCUGGAUAAUGUGGUCACCCAGGUUCUGAAGCACCAUGUGGGAAGGCCCAGUUUCCCCAGAGCAGCCAGGCAAUUUCUACUGAAGUGGUCCUUUUACAGCUCCAUGGUGAUCCGUGAUCUCACCUUGCGGAGUGCUGCCAGCUUUGGAUCCUUCCACCUGAUUCGCCUGCUCUACGACGAGUACAUGUUUUAUCUGGUCGAGCAUCGGGUUGCUGAAGCCACCGGGGAGAUGCCAAUCGCUGUCAUGGGCGAGUUCAAUGACCUUACUUCCUUGUCAGUAACACUGCUGGAUAAAGAUGACCUCAGUGACCUCGGAAGUGAAGCAGAAGUAGAUUCCCAGAGCAUGAGUGAGCCACCGGUGAAGAGGGAGCUCAGUGACCCGAGCCACUCGCUGCAGGAAAUCUAGCACUUUUAACAUGCUUUUAGCAGAAGAAAUUUCCAGACAUUUCAUAGAGUCUUGAAUUUAUGUUUUCUUGUUUUCCAGAUAUUAGUGCCUCUCUUAGUUUAUUUUCAUGUUUACUCCUCAAGAAAGGGCUGGAGAGGUGGCCCUAGAUAUGUAGAGAUAAAUGUAGUAUUCUUAAAGGGGAAAGCAGCUUAUGAAGCAGGACAGAAAUGCAGAUUGGAAGUGGAGGUGGAAUCCUGUGAAAAGAAGUCCACUUCUUGUUCCACUCCUCUUGAAUGCAUUUUCUCCUCUGGCAUUGCAAAACCCAGGGGCCAAGUCCAGAGCAAAUUGAUAGUCACAUUUGAGAUGACAAAAGUUUCAAGAGGAAUUUGCUUUGGUCUUUUAGUGUUCCCCUCGUCAUAGUCACAUAAAUGCACAUUCAUGCAACCGUUCCCAGUUUUCACUGUGACUGCAAAGCAGGCAGAGCAGGAAAGGAAAGUGACCACGUCCUCUGCCUCACCACAUAUAUGAUGCCUGUUAGACUUUAUUAUCCAGGUUGGUCACAUGGCUCACGCUCUAUAGCGAAGGUGACAUGGUCUCUUGUUUAUAAAUGGUGAAAUGGUCUCUUGUUUAUAAAUGGUGAAAUGGUCUCUUGUUUAUAAGUGGAUGGGAUGAUUUUUCCCGGCUAUGCGUGAUGUUUGCAUAGAUUCCUUUCAGGUUCCGUUGACAGAGAUGUUCUCUCCGCGACCAUUUCACCCGCUGAGCAGCGGAUUGGAUCUGAGAUGAACAGGCAAGCUUAGAACUUGGAAUACCCUGAUGUGGGCUGGACAGUUUCUGCCUGCCUCUAGAAAUACCAAAGGAUUUUAUAGAAAUAGCUAGCCUCCAACUUCAUUCUAGCUUCUGUUUAAGCUCUAAAGCCUAUUGGUGUGAAGACAAAAUUAAAGCACAAUAUAGCCUUUAGAUAACCUUCUUUCGGGGUGGGGAGGAGAAGAAAACAAUAGCCAAUAAGCUUCAGCAGUUGGAUGUAUAUGAGUUGGAAGAGUAAGGGGAAGGCGUUUCGUUUGUUUGUUUGAUUUCUCUGCUCUCUUUAAGGUCGUACGUUACAUCGUGACAAAUUCCCGAAUACCUGCAUUAAAAUUAAACUGAGUCAGGGUAUUCGUUCCCGUGCUGUGACUUCCAAAGCCAGCUAGCCUUUUCACUGUUAUUCUAGUUUCCUAGCCAGGAGAGAAACAAAGUCCUCGAAGUCAGUCAUCCUGAGCUAAUAAUCCUUGAGCAGUCUGGUGGCUGAAGGUCCGAGGACGGGCCUCCGCCCCGGCCUUCUUCUGGCUUCCUCCAUUCAACUACAAAGCAUUCUCUUUAUAAUCUUGAAAACGUUCCACUUCAGGUUUUUCAAAAUCACUGGCACGUAACGUUUGCCUUUUUCUAGCUGUGCGGUAACAAUACUGUAUUGGAACUUGCUGUAAACAAACAAACAAAAAUCCCUUCUGGUUUAGUAAGUUCUAUCGUAAGAAAUAUAAUAGUUUAUUUCCAGAAGCGUGUUUAUACUAGUAGUUUUGUGUUCAGAAACAUGUUUAUGCUGGUAGUUUUGUGCUCAGAUACAUGUUUAUACUGGUAGUAUUGUGUUCUGUUUUGUUUUGCAAAACUUCCUUCUAAAUGUGCUAGGGUAUAUUCUAUCUCAAAUACUUUUCUCGUUCGUGCAGAAGGUACUAACACAACUGAUGCCAUUUUCACUUAUUACUGGAGAAGUGGAAGGAAGGAGGGGUAAGGUGGUAACCCACCCCUCCAUUCCUAUGCACAGAAGAAGCCUAGGCUGAAAGUUUCAGUACGUUGAAGAUGAGAGAAAAGCAGAGAAAAGAUAUUUUUAUUUUAAAAACAACCUAACAGUUUAAAAUGCUUGUCUUGUUCGGUGUUUUAAGACUCUAAAUUUCGAUUUACCUGAAAGAAGUUUUAAGCAAUACCUCCUUUUCUGGAAGAAAUUGAUGUUAAUUGUCAGUCAUGUCAUUUUCAUGGAAUUGGUGUCUCUCUAAGAUCGUGACCAAUAAGGAAAUACGUUUCCAUCUAACGCUAAAGUAUAUUCCUUUGUAAGAUUCCAACAUGGAGACAAUUAGAUAAGAAUAAAGUGCAGGUGUGAACUACGGUGACAUAUUUUCAGUCAACUGCUUUGUUAAGUGCCAAAACUGAUGGGCACAAUCUUGUUUACACUUUCAUAGCGGCAAUAAACAUAUUUGAUGCACCUGUUUCUGAAA